CACAAUUGGAAUCGUUUAAUCAUAUACAGAGCCUUUUUUGAGGGUUUAAUAAAACUACUUGUUUCUUGAAUAGAAUUUGGCACGGAUGAAAAGGCAUCAUCAUUCACGGCUCAUUUUAACGGUGUACAGCUCGAACCAGAUAACAACAUUCCAACUGAUACGAAAGCAAAAACUCCAAUUAUAUUUCGAAAAAUUCAAGCUAGUACAGGAUCUUCAACUAAGCCACCAGCUGAUCCAUCACAAAUUACUUUCACUUUGAAAGAUGAUCAACAUUCUGCAUCAACUAUAGAAAACACUGCAUUGAAGUUCGCCAAAGAGCAAGCUAUUGUUCAAUCUUGUGUAAACAAACAAUGUGUAUUAUCCAUGAAAGAUCUAACACAAGCUGUUGAAACAUGUGAAAAGCGUUCCAAGCUAUCACAAAUCGACUUCUAUGGUUCAACAGAUAACGAAGAAAUGUUUCAUAUACAAGUAGCUAUCGCUCGGUUAGAAGCAAAGCUGAAGCCUAAUUCUAAUAAUCUUUUGGAAUGUGGAAAUGCAUUUCAUGACUUCUUCAAUCUUCUACAGAAGCCAUGGAGAAAUGAGUAUCUUACCAUUAUUACAUCAGUUCUAAAGCAAAAUAUUGAUGCGACAAUUAGCGCUUCUGAUAAAGCAGUUGAUCUGCCGUACGAAAAACGACUCACUAUGGAAAUUCAUUGGAGAAAUGCAAUUGUAUGCUAUGAACACAUGAAGAACUCUGACGAUCAAGAAACACUUAUUACUCAUUAUCGACAUAUGAUUGAUAAUGGGCAACCUUUUGAAAUUAUCGAUGGUGAUAACUUUCAUUAUCAAUCCAGUUUCCUCGAGAAAGUUAUGAUUCACAUGAAAGGCAAGAAACUCUUCGUUAUGAGUAUUGUAGGGCCUCAGAAUAAAGGCAAAAGUACAUUAUUAAAUUAUAUGUUUGGCACUCUUUUUGAUGUACGAGAUGGACGCUGUACACGUGGUAUGUUCAUUUUGUUUACAUCUCUUUCAUAA